AUGGCAGCAUCACAGGACAACCCCACAACAACCACAACGAUCAGUGAGGGGAUGCGACGACAAUUCCACCGAGAUGGCUUUUUGGUCGUGACCAAUGCAUUGGAGACAGAGGACGUGGAGAUACUUCGGCGCGAGGCGGACUGUCUCAUCAACUAUCUCAUAUCGGAAAACAUCAACAUCAUGACGGACUACGGCGGUAUCAUCGAACCGAUUACAUGUGGCUACAUCGACCCCCCGGUCUCACAGAUGUUCAUCUUGUCGAAAAAGUCGUACUCGCACGUCAGGGACCAGGUCCCCGAGGAACCUGACUCGGUACUUCACAUACUCUUCGAGAAAGUACCCGCAAUGGUCAACAACUUCUUGCCACUGGAAUCUGAGGACGAUCCUACAUGUCUGUUCAACGAGCAGUACAUUGUCAAGACGCCCGACUCUGCAGAUGUAUCAUCCUUCGAGUGGCACCAAGAUUCGCAGUACAUGGACACAAGUGCUCAGGAAACCUUCCCCAUCGUAUCAUGCUGGAUUGCUUUGGACAAUGUGAACCUGAAAAAUGGAACUCUGUUGGUUGAACCAUUCCCGAGGCCAAAGGACGCAGCAACGGGAGGUUAUAUCGACCCACCAACCCAGUUUCAUGGACGCGACACGUACGUCCGGUACCACAAACACCUCGCCUCUAACUACGUGAACCCUCCCUCCAACAAAAUGACUGCCAUCAUGAAAGCCCAGCACCGCCAACCUCUCCAACCACCACCACCAUCAUCACCAUCAGCAGUAGGAGCAGGAGGCACUGCUGUUGACACAUUGCCAAACGAUCCAAAGGAAUGGAUAUACGAGAGUCAGCCUCCUGUGCUGGUGGAAGUUCCUGCAGGAUCGAUCGUGUUUCUGUCUGGGUGGGUGCGGCACUGCAGUCUGGGCAACUCGUCGUCAAAGUUUCGACGAGCGUUCAUGCCUCAAUACUCGGCAGGCAAGGUUGUCACGGCGACAGGUGGAAUGGUAUCGUUGGCGGUGCCGUGUAAUGAAUACGAUGAGCGUGAGCGUGAGUGGGUGGAUCCUCUGGGCCGAAAGCAGAGCCAGGGAGAUGAGCUGAUCGACGAUGAUGAUGAGUUUGGACGGACUGAUGACUUGGACUUUGGAGACGAUGUCGACAUGGAGGAUUGA